CUUAACUUUUUCAUCAUCAUCCCUCCCUUCACCAACCUCCAUCAACCUUCCAUUACUGCUACCGUUUAAGUAGCGGGUGGUAGCCAACAUGGAUAAACUACCAACUCAAUCCAAAGCCGACAGUUCCGGCUAUGUCGACCUUUCCGAGUCGUCCGUGGCGCGACCGAUCAGCACCCGUCGCGACCGGGUUGUUACUCGGCUGGCCGCAUGUCUGGGGCUCAUCACCAUCGCCUUCCUAGCUUUAUCGUGGACCCCCAUCUCCAUUUCCGGCCUUAAGCUCUUUUCAUGUCAUAGAUGGAGAGGACACCAUGAUGCUUCGUUUCCCCCGGACUUGGGCGCGGAGGAAGCUCCGUUGAUGAGUGGCCCACUGCAUGAGCUGUCCACCCUCGACGGAAGCCUAGCCUCGAGUAACAGGAUUCCCCUUGAGGCUCAUGUCAUGAGUAAAUGCCCCGACGCUCGGGACUGUCUCCAACAGCUUGUUCUUCCUGCUAUGGAGCAGAUCAGCGAUAAGGUUGACUUUAAGCUGUCUUUCAUCGCCGCAGUAUCGAACAAGUCAUCGGAAAUCCAAUGCAUGCACGGUCCCACCGAAUGCAUCGGUGACAUGCUCAUUCUCUGUGCGGCUAAUCUGCCUUUUCCGCCUGACUCCGGUGCCAUGUGCUCCAAGGAGUCUCGUACUCCAACCAUCCGGUCGCUCGGGUUUGCCAACUGCCUUAUCAGCUCGUAUCCCGAUAUUCCGAAGCGCGACCUGGUUCAGGGAUGUGCUUUGGAGCAUGGUAUCGACUUUGAGGCUUUGAACAAGUGUGCCAGUCGAGAGUAUGAUGACCUUGGCGACGACGAUGAUAGCGACGAGCAGACACCGCUUAGUGGCAUUGCCCUGUUGCGCAAGAGUGCACUGCACAGUGAGAAGCUCAAUGUCAGGACCAGCUGUACGCUCCGACUGAAUGAGUCUACCUGGUGUGUCCGGGAUGGUGGAGUCUGGAGGGACUGCGCCCAGGAAGGAGAGGGCAGCAAAGUCUCGGUGCUCGUGGACGAGGUGAAGAAGCUGUGGGACAAGGUCAACUGAGCCUUUACUGUGCUUGGUGAAAUACUAAUAAUGUGCUAUGACUGAUGUGACAGCUUUUCCGUGAUGCAAAUGAUGUGCGAGGGCAACCUAUGCUAUAUCCAGUUAUGACAUGUCUUUAGCCGAACAGUUUGUAUGCCUACUACUUAAUCAUAAUCAUCGUUUGCUUUCUAUCAUGCUCGGGCUUCCUUUCCUUUACUAUCUCAUACUGUCUAUCCCACCCUGAUCAUUUUAAUCCGUUUGCACUGUUCAUUGAGCCCACUCAUGCUGUGAACAUGCAACUCUGUGCAAUAGUUGCGCGCGCAGACCAUACACAAAUGCGCCCUGCAAGGCAGACCCGGCAGCAAUUCAC